AAUGGCGUUUCCUUUAUUGUUGUUUUUAUCAAUGGAAUAAUUUACAAAAAAAAUUACUAGGUACGAUACUUUCACAUUCCGACAAUGUAAAUUUUUCAAAGGAAAAGGAGUAAUCCUCGCUUGUGACAUCUUUAAAAAAAAAUGUCCGGCAGUCCCAACACAAGCCCACGAAGUAGCCCGAAACCAUCUCCUCGACCACAAAGUAAGAGAGAUCAUUCACGUUCCGAUACUCACCUUUCCGUUAAUUACAAGGAACAAACUUCGGGACUGUUUCAUAGGCAUGACUCGUCACCUCAAAUACAAGAUUUCCAGCUCGAUAGUAUGGAGUACCAGUCACUUUCCAACAGUAUUAAUUGUAUUGUCGUUAAGGAAGAAUUUAUACAUUCAUUCAAUGGAAUUAAUAGAUGCGUUAGUGUUGAUUCCGUGGGUCAAGAAAGUAAUGCCAGUAGUCGAAGUAGUAAUAUAGAAAGCGUUGUCGGCGAUGGAAAUAGUAUAUUAAAGGAGAAAAAGGAAAGUCGAUCUGUUGAGAAAGUGAAACGAAAAUCUGCGUGGUAUAAUGCUUUCUACCCAACUUAUAAGUCCAAAUCGGAGGAUUUCAAACGAAUAUUUCGAGAUGUACCUGAUGAUGAGCGACUGGUAGUCGAUUACUCCUGCGCUAUACAAAAAGAGAUUUUGGUUCACGGCAGACUUUAUGCUUCGCAAAAUUUUCUGUGUUUUUACGCAAAUAUAUUCGGAUGGGAGACCAAUGUUACCAUUAGAUGGAAGGACGUUUCUGCCAUUACAAAGGAAAAAACAGCGUUGGUCAUUCCAAACGCUAUACAGAUAAAUACAAAGAACGAAAAGUAUUUUUUUACAAGUUUCGCAGCUAGAGAUAAAACUUAUUUAAUGGUAUUUCGCAUUUGGCAAAAUGCAUUAUUGGAUCAACCUAUGUAUAGUCAAGAAAUGUGGCAGUGGAUCCAUCAGAGUUAUGGUGAUGAAUUAGGCUUAACUAGUGAUGAUGAUGACUACGUCCCACCUGGUGGAGAAGACGAUAAAUUAGUGGCACCAAUUUCAGAAGACCAUUUUAUUGAGGAGUGUACUUCCACUUCGGAGCUUGUAAUUACUGAAACAAUGGCAGUGGAUGAAAAAAACGAAGAUGGCAUCCAGCCAAGUUUAAAUCACCACAAUAAUGUUAAUUCGGAUAGUCAAUUACCAACCGAUAUGUCUGAUACUACUGAAUCAGACGUAGAAAAAACUAGCAAAUUUGAAAAGGCCACUUGUUCGGCUUCCCACGAUGGUAAAGAAUUAUUAAACGAAAUAAUUAGUAUGCACAUUGAUCAAGUAUUCACGUUGCUCUUUACAAGUUCCAAAUUUUUUUUGGACUUUCACGCGUUUCGAAGAACGACCGAUCUCACACAGACAGCUUGGACACAGAAUCCUACAGAUAAUACGAAAUCGAGAACUGUAAACCUGACCGCCGCUUUAAAUCAAUCUGUCGGACCUAAAACAUGCCAAGUCACCGAGACACAGGUUAUGCUUCCAUGCAGUAAAGCUGGAACUUUGUACGCUAUCGAUAUUGAAUCAGUCAACGGUGGAAUUCCUUAUGCAGAUACGUUUUCAGUGUCCAUCCACUACUGUCUGAAGCGAGUAUCAGAAUCACAGACUUCCCUACUUGUUUGCGCACAAAUUAAAUAUAAGAAAACAGUUUGGGGAUUGGUAAAAGGUUUCAUAGAGAAGAAUUGCUGGCAAGGGCUUGAAGAUUAUUUCAAAUCGCUUAGUAAAGCUCUAUACACAGAAAGUGAAGAGAUCAUACCUACUUUGAAACGGAAGUCGAGAAGACGAAGAUUGGUACGUGCCAUACCAAGGUCGGACGCUGAAAUUGUUCAUCCUGCAAUUAGUGCUCGUUCUAGUGUUAAGGUGUCAUCUAGUGGUAUAUUUUCCUCAGAUUUAGCAACGUUAAUAGUCUUUGGUGUACUUAUUUUGUUAGUAGUCUUAAAUGUGAUGCUGUAUUACAAAUUAUGGUUGUUGGAGGAUAUGCCACCGUACACAUUAUUAGAUUUACACGUUUUAAAAGAUCCACCAACAUCCCACGAUGAAUGGAUAAAAUUACUACAAAAACAAGAAACUCUUCAUUCCCUUGAAAUGCAAAGGUGGCAGAAAGUAUUAAAAACUUCCAUACAAUUAUUGAAACAGAUUGAGGAGUCAUUAAAUGAACUUCAACAUUCUAUACAUCCAACAUACACGAGUAAGAUAAUGUCUAUUAUACAAAACCAUAAAGAUGCCGUUGAUAAAGUGCAAGAAGAAUUAUAAAAAUGCUGGUCUGCGAUAAUUGUAUUAUAGUUAUUACUACGCACUGUAUUAUUUUAUAAUAUUAUGGUAGCGUAUACCUAUCGUUCCUUUUUACAUUAGUUAAUUUUUAAGUAUAAAAUCUAUGUAAAUAAAAGUUAUUGCUCUUUCUUCUAAAUUAUAAGUGUGCUAAUCUGUUAAUUGCUGCAAUGUCAUGUGGAUUUGCAUAGGCAUGUGCUGCAUUUUUUUACAGAGUUGUGAUAUGCACUUUUAAUGGGUGGGACAGAUAUUCUCCUAGUGGUGCUUUGUAGUUUAGAAAUUAUCAACAAAAUAUAAUUUUUUGUAGAACUCGA